AUGACGUCCUACGAGCCCAAGAACAACCGCGCCCACGAGAGCAUCUCAAGCUUCAAGGACCUGGAGAAUGAGCAAGGGCAAGGAUCAUACAAUGUUGAGCCAGCUCCCGAUGGUGGACUACAAGCCUGGACACAAGUCGCCAUGGCGCAUUUGACUAUCUUCAGCACCUGGGGCUGGGUCACGAGUUACGGCGUCUUCCAGGAAUACUAUCGCACGUCGCUGGGUUUGGAUCCUUCUGCCAUCUCGUGGAUUGGCAGUGUACAGAUUUUCCUGCUGUUCUUCUUGGGGACUUUCAGUGGAAGGGCACUGGAUGCUGGACUCUUCCGACCGGUGUACUUUGCUGGGACGGUGUUUCAGCUGCUGGGCGUGUUUUCUAUGUCUGCCGCCACGAAUUACUGGCAACUUUUCUUGUCGCAGGGAUUAUGCAUCGGCAUCGCUGGUGGACUGCAGUUCUGCCCGGUCAUGUCGCUGGUCAGCACCUAUUUCGUCAAGAAGCGCUCAUUCGCCAUUGGCUUUGUGACCAUUGGCUCUUGCACCGGCGGUGUGGUGUUCCCCAUCGUGGUGCAACAACUUCUCCCUCGCAUUGGAUUUCCUUGGACAAUCAGGGUCUGCGGCUUCCUCAUGCUAUUCACGAAUAUCUUGACGAACAUUGUCUAUCGCACACGACUGCCUCCCCGCAAAGCGGGACCUAUUGUCGAGUGGUCGAGUUUCAAAGAGCUGCCUUAUGUGCUUUAUUGCGCAGGCAUGUUUUUCAAUUUCUGGGGCUUGUACUUCGCUUUCUUCUUCGUGGGCAGCUAUGGUCGCAAUGUCAUUGGUAUGAGUUACCAUGACUCCAUCGAGUUGCUGCUCACAAUGGUCGCUGUUGGCUUUCUCUGGCGUCUACUACCCAACUACUUUGCCGAUCGCAUGGGUGCGGUCAACGUCAUGUUGCCGUUCUCCCUGCUCUGCGGUAUCAUGAUUUACGCAUGGAUAGGAGUGCACUCCAAAGCAUCGCUGUUCGUCUUCGCCGCCAUCUACGGUUCUGGCUCAGCUGGCUUGCAGUCCAUGUUCCCAGCCGGGUUAUCAAGCUUGACGUCGGAUAUGAAGAAAGCAGGUGUGCGUAUGGGCAUGGGCUUCACGAUAGUAAGCUUUGCGUGCUUGACUGGACCACCGCUGGCUGGUGCGCUGAUCACACAUAACAAUGGCAAUUAUCUGACUGCGCAAAUCUGGGGCGGGACGUCUUUUAUCUUGGGCGUAUCUCUUCUGUUCGCUGCGCGUACUGCAAAAGUUGGGCUUCGUCUCGUGCAGAAAGUAUGA